AUGAAUGCAAGUACAUGCUAUGGUAGUGUGGUGAAUUCUAGACAAGCUCGAGAAUUUUGUACAGCUCGGGGAGGAGGCCCAAUUCCUGAGGUGGUCUUGGAAUCGGAACUGAUAGAACUCGGAGAAAGUGAGGAAGUGGUUGACCUCACCUCUGACACUCUCGAACCUGCAGUGAUUGACCUAACUCACCAUGACUCUGUUGUGAUUACUGAGGAAAGGAGGAGGCCAAGGAGAAACAAAAGGUCACUCCAAGGACAAACUGGCAUCUGUGUGCUGAGCAGUGAAAAGAAGCGGGUGAUGAGAGACAGAGAUGUAUAUGCCCUGGAAAAAGAAACUUUUAGGUGCGCACUACCUGGUUAUGUCCAGUGCCGGAUUUGUAUGGACGGGUACUUGGAGAUUGAAUUGAGUAGACGGCAUAUCUAUUCUACAGCAUGUGGCCACAUCUUCUGUAGUCAGUGCCUCUGCACUUUCCUUCGAAAUACUAAAAGUUGCCCAGUUUGUUUGAAAAAAAUUGACCGCCAUCAGUACCACCGAAUUUAUAUAUAA